CUGUAAAUAAACCAAUUAAUUCCAAGCUGCGGUUUUGAGGAGACCUGAUCAACAGUACUGGGAUCGUCAUUUUCCUUUUAGUACUUUACACUAAAACAACUGGAUGACAUGUUUUCUGACAUCCGUAAAUGCUGACACCAUGACACUAUAGCAGAAUGGUGAUUUCCGCAAGCCAGGUGGAAGGAGCAGAGGCCCGCUAUGCUCACAUUCUACAACCUAUCAAAGACCUCACAAAGAAUUGGGAUGUUGAUAUUGCAGCUUACUUAGAGGACUAUCUAGAUGAGCUGGAACAUACAACAAUAUCAUUUGAUGGAGGUGUAACUUCAAUGAAUUUCGCUCAGGCAGCAUUACUGGUUCAAAGUUCAGCAUGUGUCUACAGCAAGAAAGUGGAGUACUUGUACAGUCUUGUACAUCAAGUUCUGGAGACGCUUGCUAAUAAAAAAAAGCAGGCCCAGAAAUCAUCUGUAGAUGAUGAAGGUAAUGAUGCAGAUGCUGACUUCAAUAAUGAUGAUGAUGAUGAACAGUUUCUUAGUUUGGAUGAUAUACAAGAGGGUAAAAAUCUCAACUUAAAGGAGGAAUUUGAUGCUGGUGAGGAAUUUAAGUUGUUACCAGAGAUGCCUUUGUGUUUGAUACCUUUGGAUGAGGGAGACAAAGGUGAAAAUCCUUUACUGAGUAAAAGUGGUGAAGUGUUAGCCAGUCGCAAUGACUUCAAGAUGAACACAUGUUGUAUACAUCCUCAAGGGACGCUACUCCUAGACAUGUCACACUUAAAGUUACUGGAGCAGUCAUUAAAAAUACUAACAGAAUUAAGAGAAAAAAAUCAAGGAGAACAGUCAAAUGGUGUAGAGGAUAUGGGGACUUCAGACGAACCAUUACCUGUAGAAAGUAUACAAGAUCUUCCAGGUGGAGACAGUCACCAUGACGAUGACAAUAUGGGAGAUGAAGUUGAUGGAGGCCCUCCAUUGGCUGACAUUUCUGUGAAUCAGCCAAUGGAAACAGAGCAUGUGGAUGUUGGUCAGGAUGGUUUAAGAAGAUCUGAGAGAAAUAAAGAGAAAAGGCCAGUGGCUUAUACUGCCAAACCUUAUGUUGAUCCUUGGAAGUGCUUAGAUCCUCAUGAGGAAAUGAAGAAGGCCAAGCCAGUGUCCAAGAAAGGUACAAUAUACAAGUUGUGUCCAGGUAUUGAAGACAAAUCUAAGAAAAGAAAAAGGACGAAAAAUCAGCUACCUCCGAGAGAAACAUUAUCCAAAUAUAUAGAAAGAGCACUUUAUUCACCUGCUCACAAGUUUCCAAAGAAUCAGCUGAAAGUACCAACGUUUCAGGACUUUGAGAGACUAUACUGGGAGGAGUAUAAAAGACGACAAUCCGUUCGAGAACAACUAAAGAAAAAAGAGAAGGCUGUGGCUGAAAAUAAUGAUGAUGAAGACGACAAUGAUGACAACGAUGAUGCAGAAGAAAUCGCUUCAUUACCAGAUGUUGCUGAGGAUGAUGAGAUAGAGGACCUGGUUGAUGAUAACUUAUUGAAUGCUAUAGACAAUGCUGUCAGAUCAAAUGAAUCCUAUAUCAAUGAGCAACCACACAAAACUUGGGCAGAGACGAUUGAUGAAGGCAUUAUUGUAACCAGUUAUGAAGAUCUUGUGAGGAAACAUGUGGAAGAAUACAUGGCCAGUGCUCAGGAAUACGCCCAGAUUACGGAGCUAUCUAAGCGGGUAUCUGAAUGGGAAGAUAAAGUACUCCCAAUAUUACAGGAGGAAGAAACACACCGGCCCUUUGACAUAAACACAUAUGGCUCAUCUGUUAUAGAUAACUUGGAUAAAGGCAAUGUUAUCAAGUUUCAUAAACUUGUCCAAGGAAAACCUCACUUCGAGAUUUGCCGAACAUUUUUAGCUUCACUGAUGUUGGCAAACACAACAAAUGUUAGAAUAGAGGAAAAGGGUACCCUUGAAGAAGGAAUGGACAAAUUUGAACUGGAACUUUUAUCUCGGAAAAGACAUUUUGAACAGUUACAGGAAUACACAGCUCCGUCAUUGACACAGAAAUAAAGUUUGUGUUGUAUGUUGAUAAUGGAUAACAGUCAGACCUGUAUAUGAAGUUCAUGUUUGGAAUGCAAAAUAGAGGUCUAUAUUUGCAGGACUGGUAGUCUUCACAAUUUAAAAUACAAUGAUGAUGUUUAAAUUUUUGAAGGAACUUGGUGUUUUUUAGUCACAGUCAUGUUCUGUGUUCACAGAUGUGUCUUAAAUACAGGUUUGACUGUACCGUAAUUACUGGUGCUGCAAAGAAUAAUAGAUAAUAAUCAAGAUUAAAUACGUUAGGACUUGAGAUCAGGACUGUCCCCACAGAUAGUUAUAUUGAAGUAUGAAGAGGUCAGUCACCUGUUUUGAUAUACAAUGUACAUACAGCAAAAAGAACAAAAGUACCAGUGUAUGGAAAUUAAAUAGAUCAAUACUUUCUUAGAUAUAUUACAUUGUGAAAUAUAAUUGUCAGUGCUUUGUAUGAUGAGUGGGUCACAGUCUGCAAAAAUAAUUGAUACGGCCUGUUGCAUUGUGUUCAAUGUCAGUGGGGUUUAUCUAGUAACUGUGGUAAACAAGGACUGCCAGGAAUAUGUGUAUGAACUAUUUUUAUCUGUGAUAUACAGAUACAUGUGUGUAGGACAUAAAUGCAACAGAGAUGUUGUUAGAAAAGAAGGGCUCUGGAAAUAUCCAUUUUAUGUCAGAAAUACAGUACAACCCACGAAAGCAAAAAUUGUCCUCAUCUUUUGAACCAUUUCUCAGUCAGUUAGCAUAUGAACAACAUGUGACAGUAUAAUUUUGUAAAAUUGUACAGUGACAAGAAUUUUACACAAGGAAAACUAUUAUUUUUGCAGUAAAAUUGGCAUUAUUAAAGGUUUAUUUUAUGUUUUUCGGUGGUUUAUCGAAAUAUAACGGUGAAUUAUAUCCUGAUAAACUCACUGGCCACUCAGUGAAAAUUAUCAAAUCUGAUACCCGGAUUAACGUCAAAAAGUUUACCGAGCGUACUGAAAGCUGGAAACAAUAUGACGAUGACGUCGUUAAAAUGACGUCAUCUUUGUGAUGCUUCCUGAUAAAAUUUCUUGCAAAUUUCGACAUUUUAUUGAAAUAAACACAACAGAAGUAGAGUUUUAGACAUAAAAUAAACAGAAAAAUUGUUGGUAUCAAUGUAAUAUCACGGUAAUUUCACUCGUGAACACCAAAAGUUGUUAUUUUCACUCGUGGCUGCGCCACUCGUGAAAAUAUCACUUUUGGUGCCCACUCGGUGAAAUUAUAACGUGAUAUUACACCGAAACCAACAAUUAUCCUCUAUAUCUUAAAAAGUGAAAGUACCAUCUCUGGGGAAGAGAAUGUUGUUUAACUUAUAUCUGGAUUUUGAAAAUUCAUAAAAAAACUGUUUCAGAUUUUGUGGAUAAGUAAGAUGUUAAUCUGGAGUCAACUGCGUGUAGGAAACUAUGCACACUUGUUUACCAUCAUUAGGGAACUAUGAAGGCAAAGAACCAUAACUCUGAUAUGCGUUUUGUUAGAAUUAUGGCCUCUUUUGUACUUAGAAAAAAAAUUGAGUUUCUUGGUUAAAUUUUUUGUUUAGGUCAAACUUUGCACACUGGUUUAUCAUUAUUAGGGGACUAUGUAGACCAAGACCCAUAACUCUGAUAUGAAUUUUGUCAGAAUUAUAGCUCUUUUUGUACUAAGAAAAUUUGAGUUUAUUGGUUAAAAUAUUUGUUUAGGUCACCUUUUCUCAAAAACUAUAUGAUCUACAGACUUGACACUUGUUUAUCAUCAUUAGGGGACAAUGUAGGGUCAAGAACCAUAACUCUAACCUGCAAUUUGUCAGAAUUAUGGCCCUUUUUGUACUCAGAAAAUCUUAACUUUUACUCUUUUCGUACAUAUUGUCCAGCACUUGCAGAUGAGCGAUGGCUCCCGUAGGCUGUGCUCUUGUUAUGUUAUAUAGUGAUUUUUUUCACACUUGAGGUUGACAUAAAAAAACUUAUGCAGAUGUCUUUAUAAACUAUAAGAACUAUAUUUUAGAUGGAAAAAACAGUUCUUGGAAUUUUAUGAAUAUUUAAUACAGGCUUUUGUCACAUGUUCAGUGUUGUGGGAGCAUAAAACUCAUGUCAUUUUGACUCAUAUGUUUGAUAUUCUUGUAUGAAAAAAAAGUGUGUAUAUUUUCACUAAAACACAAUUAUAUUGACAUCAUGUCUAGUAACAUUUGGUGCCAUACAGGUGCUGAGAAAGAGUGCUAAAAAGAUUUGAUCUGAUACUUUGUAGGAAGAUGUUUCAGAAUAACUUGGCAGUGUUACACUUAAUUCACGCACUCUGAAUCAAUUAUUAGGCAUGCAGUUAUAACUAACUACCCUUCUGCACUCCAAAAUUAUUCACCAGCACAUGACCUCAGUUAUUUUAACACUAUUAAAACAUACAUGCAUUUAUGUCAUGUCCGCCAACUAUAUUUGGCACCAUACAUGCUCCAUGAAAUAGUACACCUCUGUUCCAUCUACAUAUUAGAAUCAAAAUAAAACAUUGCAGGACCAUGUUUUAAUAUAUCUAAACAUUCAAAAUCAGUUACUGUAAAAUCUUUAAUUUCGUGGGCAUGAAAUUUCGUGGUUUUCGUCAAAACAGCAAUUUCGUGGGGAUAUGAAUUUGUGGAUUUCAACUUUUGAACUAAAAUGAAUGGGAAUUUUACUUGUUCAUUGGGAUUAAAUUUUGUGGACUGACUCAACCACGAAAUCCACAAAAAUUAGUCCCCCAUGAAUAUUAAUGAUUUCACAGUAAUUCAGUUGGGCUACUCGGAGACGCACAGGUGUAUCAUACUCAGAAGUGUUUUUUUUUUUCAGAUCAGCUAUCAACAAGUAUAUAAGACCUGUAGUUUUUGUUUUUGAAAACAUACAAGUACAAUGUCCUGGCUUUCAAGGAUGAAAAUGUGUUUUAAUAUUUAAUCUUGUAUGCAUACCUGUCUUUGUAUGAAAAUAAAAUGUGAUGUUUUGUUUUAGUCAUGCAUACCAGUAACUUAAUAUCUUGCCUAUUAAAAUUGAACUUUACAAAUG